CAGUGCUUUCCUCGCCGUUUCUUCAACGAGCCGCAUGCGCGGUGUGGUCGGGCGGUGUCGGUUCCGGGUAAAUCGGGGAUAAGAGCGGCUGCGGGAGCUUCUUGAUUAGAUCAGCCAUGGCUGCAGCGGCGGCGACAGCGGCCCCGGGCGGGGCUGGAGCCGUGCCAGUGUCCGGAGUGCCAAGAUUGGGAGUCGAGACCGUGAAAGGUCAGGCAUUUGACGUGGGACCACGUUAUACGGACCUGCAGUACAUUGGCGAGGGGGCGUACGGCAUGGUCUGCUCAGCAUAUGAUCACGUCAACAAGAUCCGAGCUGCAAUCAAAAAGAUCAGUCCUUUUGAGCACCAGACAUACUGCCAACGCACACUGCGAGAGAUCAAGAUACUCCUGCGCUUCAAACAUGAAAAUGUCAUUGGCAUUAAUGACAUUCUUCGUGCAGCUAGCAUUGAUCAGAUGCGUGAUGUAUAUAUAGUUCAGGAUUUGAUGGAGACGGAUCUCUAUAAGCUUCUGAAGACACAGCAACUCAGCAAUGACCAUAUCUGCUACUUUCUCUAUCAGAUUCUACGAGGGCUGAAAUACAUUCACUCUGCCAAUGUGCUUCACCGGGAUUUGAAGCCAAGCAAUCUUCUCAUCAACACCACGUGUGACCUGAAGAUCUGUGAUUUUGGCUUAGCCCGAAUUGCUGAUCCAGACCACGAUCACACAGGCUUCUUAACAGAGUAUGUUGCCACUCGCUGGUAUCGAGCUCCUGAGAUCAUGCUUAAUUCCAAGGGCUACACUAAGUCCAUCGAUAUAUGGUCAGUGGGCUGCAUCUUGGCUGAAAUGCUGUCAAAUCGACCUAUCUUUCCUGGCAAGCACUACCUGGACCAGCUGAACCACAUCCUGGGUAUUUUGGGUUCCCCAUCUCAGGAUGACCUGAACUGCAUCAUCAACACGAAGGCUCGCAAUUAUCUCCAGUCAUUGCCUCAAAAGCCCAAAGUUCCUUGGGCUAAACUGUUCCCAAAGGCUGAUCCCAAAGCUCUGGACCUGCUGGAUAAAAUGUUGACCUUUAAUCCCAAUAAGCGUAUCACAGUGGAGGAGUCUUUGGCACACCCUUACCUUGAGCAGUACUACGACCCUUCAGACGAGCCAGUUGCUGAGGAACCUUUCAGGUUUGACAUGGAGCUGGAUGACUUGCCCAAAGAGAAGCUGAAAGAACUGAUAUUUGAAGAAACUGCACGAUUCCAGCCUGCCUAUCAAGGGCCCUGAGAGCCUAUUCAGGCCAGUGGCAAGUCGCUGCUUCACCAGGAGAUGAUUUGGGAUUGUACCCAGCUCCCCCUUUGGAAUGUUGAGGGGAGCACAGGAUUCAGGGGUACCAACUCCAGGGUGCCCCUGUAGACUUGCUGUACAACUGCGCUUUGCUACGUGGCUGUGAACCCUGGUAACCCAUCUCUGGACCCCCGUAAUGUGAUGUGUUGGGGUGAGACCCUGGUGCCCAGGUUGGGGAAGGGGGGCGACUGCUCCCUCCCUAUCGGAGGGAAAAGAAAACAGUCUCCCCUCCCUUUAUCCCUUUUCAAAGCAACGAAAGGGGUGUCGUCUCCUUUUUUGGCAUUUUACUGUCUUUGUUAAUGAAUUAAUAAACUAAUCCUAUUUUAGCAGGGCCAUUUUCUGAUCCCUUGGGCAUUAUUAGCAAGGGCAACUGAAAUCAGAUCUUGGUUCCUGGACAUACACUUUGUAUCUUUCUUCUGUAAUCCUCUGAACCCCACUACAUUUAGAAAACUGGGAGCAGAACCUUAAACUUUCUGACUGCCCAGCUUUUCUGCAACACUCCUUAAUAAGAAUCCAGGAGCCUUGAUUCCUUCCUGCACAAAUAGAGGGCAUGUCUGUGCUGGUGUUUAUCAACUGAUUUAUGCCACUUUUGAAACACCUGAAAUGCAUAUCCGACCUUGGUGGUCAUUUUAAGGAACUUCUGAAAUGCAGUGCAAGGAAAGAUCCUGUGAUGAUGAAAAAUAUGUCUGGUUUGAGAGCGACAAAUACCUUUCCCUCCACUUCUAACCGUUAUGUAAGAAACUGUGCAGAUGAAAAGGAAGUCCUUACAUUUCUUCUGCUUCCUCAACCUAGAGACUAAGAUUUUUGGUUGUCUGCCUUCCUUCUCCGCCCUUGCAUUUAAUAAAUUGGGUGAGUGUGUGUGUGUGUGUGUGUGUGUGUGUGUGUGUGUGUGUGUGUGUAAACUGCUGCAUACCUUGAGAAAUCAGUUGGCCUCUGCAAUGGCACAGCACUUUGUCUUCUUGCUGCUACGAACUAACAUGGCUGCCCUCCAUUCCUUUCUCAAUAUUUUUAAAUGCUGAUUUUAAAUCCCGCUCUUCAUCAUGCAAAGCAAAGUCCCUCAAGGAGUGGAACUUACAGUUUGGGGCAAGUAUGAAUUGGGAAGUGGGAAAAUCACCGAUCACAGUUCUGUUUUCUAAAGGGGUAGUCCUGCUACCCUAAAAUCACCAGACUGUGCCAGGUAGAAAGGUGUUUGGUUUUUUUUUUGAGAAAUACAGGGGGUUGUUUGGGUGUCCACUGUCAUGAGUGGAAAUGAACAGCUCCCCCCUUGAAAGUUAGCUUUUGCAGGAAAACUGCUGCUCAGAUGGCCCCACCUCUCCCCUCCCUUCCAUGUGUGCCAUUUUUCAGUACCAGUUGUUUUUCCUGAAAUUUCCAGUUCUCAAAGAUAAGAAAUGCUCUAAGCAGAACAAUGGGAUUUGGGAUGUGUUUUUUUGUUUGUUUGUUUGUUUGUUUUCCUUAACCUUCCAUUUGAAUGAAGGAGAAGCUUCUGUGUUCAGACAGCAUUGCCUGCUUGCCCUAGCUGUGAUGAUAUGCAGUGAGCUUUCUUCCUAGGGUGUGUUGCCAUUUGAAGGAACUUGCAUUAAAGGGAAUUAAUGCUUCUCCAUCCUUCCCUGCUUUGGAUUGUAUAAAGACCCUAAAAUAAAUCAUUCCUUUAUUCCUUCA